CAGGCACCAUGCAGCGCACGCGCCCGACCGACCUCUAGUGACUAGUCCUACCCAAGUUAACAUCCGGCGGUUAGCUCUGGCUGUGAGCUGUGCCUGUGAGAGUGCGUGAACAUGGGCGGGCGGGCGCGAGCUGCUCCAUAGAUUUUUGUCUCCGCGCGGCGCGCGCCUUGUCAUGUAGCCCCCGCGGCGCCUAUUUAAGCCGCUGUUCUCUUCCCUUUCCGUCCUCUAGGCGGCCUCUCAGUUUCAUCUCGUCUUCGUCCUCCGGCGUUCUUCUGCUCUUCUCCGCAGUCGUCGUCACGUCAUCGCCCUAUAGCUAGCUUAGCUAGACGACCGCUCGCGAGGGCAUACGCGAGGCUACGACUCCAUCGUGCUGGUGGUGCUACAAGCUCAUCAUCAGUUCAUCAUGCUAGAGAACCAAAAGCAAGCGGAGGUUCUCUGGCCGCGGCUGGUGGCCAACAAGCUCUUCCGGAAGACCUCGGGCAGCCACGCCUUCGUCGCCGAUUUCCCGGCCACCGAUGGCGACGGCGAUGUCGUCUUUGGUGGAACGGAGUUCGACGGCGGCGGGUGCAGCCCCGACCCCGACGACGCGGACGCCAGCCGCUGCGUGAAGCGGGCGCGGCCGCAGCCGCAGCCGCAGGAGCGCAACAAGAAGACCCUCAAGUACAAGCUGUUCGCGAGCACGUGGAACGUCGGCGGCGUGGCGCCACCGGACGAGCUGGACCUGUCGGACUGGCUGGACGGCGGCGGCGGCGACGACGACGACGGGCCCUACGACAUGUACGUGCUGGGGUUCCAGGAGGUGGUGCCGCUGCGCGCGCGCAACGUGCUGGGUGCCGACAAGAAGCGCGUCGGGAUGCGGUGGAUCGAGCUCACCCGCGCCGCGCUCAACCGGUCGUCGUCAUCGCACGCGCAGCGCGGGGGAGGGAGCGGCGGCGGAUCAGGCUCAGGCGACGGCGGCGGCGGCGGCAGGCAGAAGGUGCACCCGGUGCGGGACGGCGGCGGCGGCGGCGGGCUGGCCUGCAGGGACUACCGGUGCGUGGUGAGCAAGCAGAUGGUGGGCGUCCUGCUCACGGUGUGGGUGCGCUCCGACCUCCGCCGCUUCGUCCGCCGCGCCAGCGUCUCCUGCGUCGGCUGCGGCGUCAUGGGCUGCCUUGGCAACAAGGGUGCCGUGUCCGUCCGGUUCUGGCUGCAUGAAACGAGCUUCUGCUUCGUGUGCUGUCACCUCGCGUCGGGCGGGCGCGACGGCGACGAGGCGCACCGCAACGCCGACGCCACGGAGAUCCUCUCCCGGACGGCCUUCCCGCGGGGCCAAGCGCUCAACUUGCCCUUGCCGCACAAGAUUCUAGACCACGACCGGGUGAUCCUUCUCGGGGACCUCAACUACAGGAUCUCGCUGCCGGAGGCCAAGACGAGGCUGCUGGUGGAGCGGCAGGACUGGAAGACGCUGCUGGAGAACGACCAGCUGCGCGCCGAGGUGCGCCGCGGCGGCGCGUUCCAGGGCUGGAGCGAGGGGCCCAUCGCCUUCUCCCCGACCUACAAGUACUGCCCCAACUCCGACGCCUACUACGGCUGCGCCACCGCCAGCGCCACCGCCGACGCCCGCCGGCACAAGCGGCGCGCGCCGGCGUGGUGCGACCGCAUCCUGUGGCGCGGCGAGGGGAUCCGGCAGGCCCGGUACGGCCGCUGCGAGUCCCGGCUGUCGGACCACCGCCCCGUGCGCGCCGUCUUCACGGUGGAGGUGGGCGCGCCCGCGCCCGGGAGUAACCUCAACUCGCUCAGGAGCUUCUUCAUGUCCGAGAGGUUCGACGGGGCUGGCAGCAGGAGCCCCGCCGCCGACCAGCUACUCCGCAGGGACGACGACGUCAACAGCGCCAGAUUCAGCGACGCGCUUUGAGACACGCAUGGGAUGGGAGGGUGGAGAUGGAAUUGUCACUCCACUUCUCCGGUUGCGGAUUGUACUUGCGCACAGACAGAAGAUCGUAUCUACAACAUGCUGCUAAGAUACAGAGAUGGUUUUUUUCUUUUUUUUUAAAAAAAAAUCCACCCUGUUCCCAACGUUCUGUAACUACUAUACAUUUGUACUCUUGUUGAUCCAGUGAGUAUGAUUGGGCCUCAAGUCAAGUUUGUUGCCAUGGGCAACCAUGAAUGACAACAGAAAUCACAGAGAAAACUAUAUAUAUUCAGAGACAGCA